UGAAAACGAAAUUGGGCCUACCUUUCCGUUUUAGUAGCAAUUUUUUCUGCGAUUCCAAACACCAGUUUUAUGCUACCAACACCACAAAUUAUGAGUCAAACAGUGGAAAGGAAAUUGCGCCUUCCUUUCCGUUAUUUCCGUUGAACUCUCUUUCUUCUCUCUCUCUAAAAAAUCAAGGCAAAUCAAUUCCUCUCCCUGACAAAAAUGUCUCUCCUAUUCCUUCAUCUCCUCCUAAUUCCACUCCUCACUCCACUCUCUGCAUCCAGUACCACAACCCCAGACCGUUUCAUCAAAUCAAUCCCACAAUCUCUCCAACGCAAACACAAACCCCAAGAAUACUUGGAACUGACCCAUCCUCUACCGUCUGAUCACCUGACCCCAUCAUGCUCUUCCCACGUACUCCAUCAAGACUUCGGCUACACCAUGGGCCUCCCUCCAGUUUCCGUCACUUACUCUCCACCGUCCGAUUGCCUCUCCCCGUGGUCCCACAUCGUCCUCGACUUCCAAGCCUCCUGCAAAGGCGAGCAAUACGACCGCAUCGUCGGCGUCUGGCUCGGCGGCUCCGAGAUUCUCCGCACCAGCACCGCCGAGCCGACUCGGGAUGGAAUCUUCUGGAAGGUCCGCAAGGACGUCACUAGGUACGCCUCUCUCCUCCUACCAUCGAACCUCACUUUCACUGUCAUGCUCGAAAACAUCGUCAACGACGUCUUCACUGGCGUUUACCACGUCAACAUCUCUCUUCUAUACUAUAAGGAUCAGGGAGUUAGGGUUGCGUCUGAUCAUCAAAACCUGAAUGAAAAAUUAGGGUUUGUGAAUUCAGUCGACGAAGAGAGCAAAUUAGGGAAAAACUCGAUGCUUGUAUAUAGAGGACCUACCGAGGCAUUGAAUUUAUAUGAAACACCAGCUGAUUUGAUAAUGCCGAUAUCGGGUGUCCGUGAUGAAGGGUUUUGGUUCCGAAUUGAGAACGAAUCGGGUGUGAAAUCGAAGGGACUUCGAAUUCCUCUGAAUUCUCGGAAACUUGUGCUUGAGGUUUAUGUGUCAUUUCAUGGAAAUGAUGAGUUUUGGUACUCGAAUCCGCCUGAUUCAUACAUAAUAACCAACAAUUUGACUACAGGAAGAGGUAAUGGAGCUUACAGAGAGGUUUUCGUGACUAUUGAUGGGAGAUUUGUUGGUUCGGUGGUUCCAUUUCCGGUGAUAUUCACCGGUGGAAUCAAUCCGUUGUUCUGGGAACCAGUUGUUGCCAUUGGAGCUUUCAAUGUGCCUUCCUAUGAUCUCGAAUUGACCCCAUUUUUGGGGCUUCUCUUGGAUGGGAAAGAACAUAUCUUUGGGCUUGGAGUGGCUGAUAGUAUCCCAUUUUGGCUUGUGGAUGCAAAUUUGCACAUAUGGUUGGACCAUGGCUCAUCUGCAGUCCAAGCUAGAACUGUUGAUUCGUAUACUCCGGCUGUUUCCGUAGAACGACGCUCCACAUUCACACAGCUUGAUGGAUCAUUCAGGAUAGAUGCACAUAGGAAGAGUCGAUUCUUGGGGUGGGCAAUCACAGCUGCAGGCAACUUAACUACCCAAGUCCUGCAGCUAUUCAAGUUCAAGAACUCGAUACAGUUUCACCAAAAUGGGACCUAUAAAUCUGUUAGACAGAGAGUGAGGACAAGAAUUAACGUGAGAGUAAAAUCCGAUAUGGGUAGAUUGAUCGCACGCACGAGUAUCAAGAGGCAAUACCCUCUCAAAAUUAUGACUGCAACGAUACCCCAAUCCAAGAAGAAGGAUACUUAUUUGAUGGUCACAAAUGUGUCUCACGCGUUGAGGGAGAAAUCGACUCACGGGAAGCUUAAGAGCUCUGUGCAUAACAUUCAAGAUUCAAGGGGAUGGAUGAUGGUGAAGGAUCACGAUGUUCUAUCUGGUGAAGCAAACACAAAUCAAACUUUGACUUACAAGGACGAGUUUGGUUGCUACUCUCAAUUUGUUGCAUCUAUCAAUGGCAAACUCUACAGAGACAACUCGAGCUUUCUUUGUGCAUCUUCUAUCUAAUUUCAUUUCACAGUCGCUUUAACACUGUAAGAGUUCUUUGUCUUGAGAACUAUUAUUAGUCUCCUUAUGUGUGUAUGCAUUUGUGUCCCUGUAACAUAUUUUAGGUUUCAUAACACUUGUUGCCUUUUGGCUUUUUAAUAAGAUAUCUUUGGUUUAUUUUCUUGUUA